AUGGCGAAUAGUGUUCACUCAAAUAUCUCGCAAAACCAUUUUUAUUUAAUCUAUCUAAGAAUAUUUUACUAUCUAUCUACAUAUCUAUCAUCUAUCUCAUCCUCUAUUCUAUCUAUCUAUCUAUCUAUCUAUCUAUCUAUCUAUCUAUCUAUCUAUCUAUUAUCUAAUAUAUCUAUCUAUCUAUCUAUCUAUCUAUCUAUCUAUCUAUCAUCUUUGGUUCAAUAUAUCUAUCUUUAUCACAUAUUUGUUUCUAUCUAUCUAUCUAUCUAUUUAAAUCAUUCUGUAUUUCUUGGAACAUUUUAUAUCAAAAUAUAUUCGUAUUUAAUUCUGUUACAUUUAACAUAUAUCGAUCUAUGUUAUAUAUAUCUAUCUAUCUAUCUAUCUAUCUAUCUAUAUAUAUAUAUAUAUAUAUGUCUAUGUUCAUAUUUACUUAUUUCAAUUUAUUCAAAAUUUUAUGUAUUUUUAAACACUUCUCGUCUAUCUAUCUAUCUAUCUAUCUAUCUAUCUAUCUAUCUAUCUAUUCUACACUGGAACGGUAGAAAUACCUCCCACAUAUACCACCCAGAAAUACCAACCACAUAUACCAUCCAGAAAUACUAUCCACAUAUACCAUCCAGAAAUACUAUUCACAUAUAA